AAAUAAGUCAUAAGCUGCAUGCACAAGGAGCUUAGUGAGAACUAACUUGUUGGGAAAAACCUUUACCAAAAAUCCAACUAUCAUAAGGAGAGAGUAAUGGUUUCAACAAAAAGUAUAGGAAAGUAUAGAGUUAGGGAGACCAUAGGAGAAGGUACAUUCUCUAAGGUUAAACUUGCUUUCAAUAGUAGCAAUGGUGAGAAGGUAGCAAUCAAGGUCAUUGACAAACAAAUGGUCUUGAAAAACAAUCUUAGGUAUCAGGUACAAAGUGAGAUUACAACAAUGAAACUUCUAAAUCAUCCUAAUAUUGUUAGAAUUCAUGAGGUUAUUGGCACAAAAACAAAAAUAUACAUUGUGAUGGAAUAUGUAUCAGGAGGUCAACUAUUGGACAAAAUGUCCUAUGCCAAUAAGUUAGAUGAAUGUGAGGCAAGAAAAUUAUUCCAGCAACUUAUUGACACGGUCGACUACUGCCAUAAUAAGGGGGUUUAUCACCGCGAUUUAAAGCCUGAAAAUUUGCUGCUUGACAGCAAGGGAAACCUAAAAGUGUCUGAUUUUGGAUUAAGUGCAUUGGCAAAGUUUGACGAUGUUUUAAACACAAAGUGUGGAUCCCCGUGCUACGUGGCUCCCGAGGUAAGAUCGAGUGGAGGAGGAGAGUGUUUAGGAGUCCGAGGGAACAUCUGGCAACAACAACAUGCUAAAGAGAUCCUCGGACUCCCCAACAGAAAGAGAGCAAGUCACGGCUUAUACGGGAUACAUGUAUUAUUAUUGAUUUUGACCCUUAUACUUCCUCAUGAGCAGGUGCUGAUGAACAAAGGGUAUGAUGGAGCAGCUGUUGAUGUUUGGUCAUGUGGUGUGAUCCUUUUUGAGUUACUUGCUGGUUUUCUACCAUUUGAUGACCAGAAUUUGAUGGGUUUAUACCAUAAGAUAUGCAGAGCAGAAUAUACUUGCCCCCCGUGGUUUACUAUAAGUCAAAAGAAACUAAUUGCCAAAAUACUUGAACCGCGUUCUGAAAAGCGGAUAACUAUUUCAGAUAUUAUUGAAAAUGAGUGGUUUAAAAAAGAUUAUCAACCUGUUCGCGCGUGUGAAUUUGACACGAUCAUUAACUUGGAUGAAGAUAGUGCUGCUUUCGACUCAAUUGAGGAGAAAACUACAAAUUCAACGAUAACCAAGUCCUCGAGCUUCAUUAAUGCAUUUCAACUGAUAGCCAUGUUUCAGGACUUUGAUCUAUCGUCCCUUUUCGAAGAACAGGAUCACAAGAAGCAGAUAACAAUGCUUGGAUCACAACACACAAUCACUGAAACAGUAGAAAAAAUAGAAGCUGCUGCAACAGAUGUGAGACUGUCGGUAGAGAAAAUGAACAACUUUAAGAUGAAAAUGCACCCGAAACUGUCAAUGACUAGGUGUUCAAGAUCAUACUUUGACCUAUCAGCUGAGGUGAUAGAAGUUGCUCCAACUCAUUGUGUUAUACAAAUAUCAAAAUCUGCAGGAGAUCUAAGAAUGUACAAUAGAUUUUGUGAAAGUUUAUCAAGUCUGCUGAAAGAAAAUUCUAACAUGCCAUCACAAGGCCCAGACUCUGUGGAUCAAUGCGACGCUGGCAGUAUAGAAAAGCAAGAUGCUGAAUGUUAUGAAAAGCCAAAUAGUGAAGAUAUCCGUGGCUAUAAAUCUGCUUGAAGAUUGAUUUAACCAUGUCUGUAUUAGUUUUAUUCAAGUUCAUAUGAGUAAGGAGAAAACAUAAGCAUCUCUUCUUUUCUCCUUUUUAACUAUCUUUUUUACGGAAGCAAAAUGUAAUAUUGGCGAUAAUUGAAUUUUUCAUCGAUAAUUCAAAAAAUGACUAACUACCUCUCAGUAACCUCCACAAUCACCCUAUCCUCUACACGGCCUAAGAAAUAAUGUUACUAAUUCUCACACUCAUAUAUAUCCCUCUUCUUCAUGUGAGUAUAUGACCUUCCGAAUCUUAGGUUUGUUAUGAUUAAGGCCAAUAGGCCAAUACAACAUGGUCACUUGUUCAGUCUUCUCCAUAUUCGGCGCUUCAUCAAUACUUAUUAACAAACAUAAGGACCUGGAUUCUCAGCCGCAACAAUGCCUGCAGCCAUCCCUGCUGACAGUUGUUUACAAGCUUCCUGUCUAUUAUCUUUCUCUUCUUUCCAAAUCCCUCCUACCAAAGGAUACACAGGUGCAUAGAAGGGAAGCCACCCUGCCUUUGAACCAGAAAAAUGGCCAUAAAAUAUUACCCUAUUCAAACUAAGAUAAUGUUUAUUUGGGUCAG